GAAGACUGAGAAGAAAGUACACGUAUCCUCAGUGAAGUGACAGCUCAGAUAUAGCUACAGAGGCUGGCAUCAGUAUGGAGGAGAAAAUAGACGUGGAAGCGGGAGAAAAUCCCUUUCAACCUUAUUUAGACGCUUUACGGAAGGUCUUAGAAGACCAAGACCCCAUAUUUAUUGUCGGAAUUAUUGUUUCUUUGGCUGUUGUUGUCAUCACUUUUGUGUUGUUGAAGUACUUCAUAAGCAGCAAAACUGUCCAAAGUGCUGUGCUGCUGGUUGGUCUCAGCGAUUCUGGAAAGACCCUUCUCUUUAGUCGAUUGUUGUCAGGAAAGUUCAAGAAGACCCAGACCUCGAUCACAGACAGCAGUGCCCCCUACAAAGCCAAGAAUGAGAGGGGCAGCAGCUGGACCCUGGUUGACCUGCCUGGACAUGACAGUCUCCGGCCUCAGUAUGUGGAGAAGUUCAAGUCAGCCGCCAGAGCCAUGGUGUUUGUGGUGGACAGUGCCAUCUUCCAGAAGGAAGUGAGAGACGUGGCUGAGUUCCUGUACUUCCUGUUGACUGACAGUGCUGUGUCCAGGAAUGUCCCCUCUCUGAUAGUGGCCUGCAACAAGCAAGAUAUCACCAUGGCAAAAUCUGCUAAACUGAUUCGGCAGCAGCUGGAGAAAGAGAUGAACACACUGAGAGUGACACGGUCUGCUGCUCUGAGCGCCCAGGACGGGUCUGCGGGGGCCAGCGUGCACCUGGGGAAGAAGGGCAAGGACUUUGAGUUCAGCCAGCUGCCCAUGAAGGUGGAGUUCCUGGAGUGCAGCGCCCGCGGCAGCAAGGGGGAGGACGGGGAGGCAGACAUCGCCAGCCUUGAGAAGAGCCUGGCCAAGCUGUGAGACGGCUGGGUCUCGUCACUAUCUCCCAUUUAGCGCACUACUUUGGCCAAGAGCCCUUGCGUGGGUGCACUAUGGGGAAUAGGCCAAGGACUCUCAGCAUAUCAGGUAUCUCAGUCGGUCUUCAGGACUCGACUCAACACCACAACACUACGGAAGUGAAUAACGUCUUGUGCUGACAUCACAAGGUCAGCAGUGGCACCUGAUGUAGUGAAUGCCAAUUUGCAGAAAGGUCUAAUUUCAACAUGCUUUGCUCGUCUCUAGCAGGUGUUUCUAGCAAAUGACCCGUCCUUUUCAUAGUGGAUACUCUCACCCACUGCUAUGAAACAAUGUCAACAUCUAUUUGUAUUAUCUUUGUCUUUGUUUUUUUUCCUCAUCAGCAUUUGAAACCUCCCUGUCAAUCAUGAUAUCCUGUGAAGAGAUAUUUACUGAACCCACCUCAGAUGAGGCAUCAGAUUUCUCCAUUAGAUAGAUAAACAGUUUUUGUAUUCCAAAAUCAGCAUUGGUUCCUUUCUGGAAUGGUUCAGUUAUGUUUUGUCUUAUUCAACUUUUUAAAUAAAAUCUGUUUACAUA